GAUGACGACAUUACUGUGCGCCCGGUGUCGUGACGCAAUCAUCCUGACAGUUCUGUUGAGCAGUUUUUAUGAUGAUCUGUUCAGUAUUUGUUUCUCUGUAUUAAUAUAACAUUUUAAACACAAUGAGCUGAGGUAACGUUUGUCAUUUUCUUAUAAUAACAGCAAUAUUACUGCAUACCGCGACAUGUCGUUCUUCAUAGAUUCAGUGAUUAUGGUCACUUCUCAGGUGCUGUUUUUCGGGUUUGGGUGGCUCUUUUUCAUGCGGCAGUUGUUUAAGGAUUAUGAGGUUCGACAGUAUAUUGUGCAAGUGGUGUUCUCAGUCACAUUUGCCUUCUCUUGCACCAUGUUUGAGCUCAUUAUCUUUGAGAUCCUGGGUGUAUUAAGCAGCACGUCCAGGUAUUUCCACUGGAAGCUGAAUUUGUAUGUGAUAUUACUAGUUCUAAUAUUUGUGGUGCCUUUCUACAUUGGCUACUUUGUAGUCAGUAAUAUACGCUUGUUGCAGCGACAAAGACUGCUUUUCUCAUGUGUGGUCUGGUUCACGUUUAUGUAUUUCUUCUGGAAACUAGGAGAUCCUUUCCCUAUACUUAGUCCAAAACAUGGCAUUCUUUCUAUAGAGCAGCUGAUUAGUCGUGUUGGGGUCAUUGGGGUCACACUGAUGGCUUUACUCUCAGGAUUUGGUGCUGUAAACUGCCCUUAUACCUAUAUGUCCUAUUUCCUAAGAAAUGUGACUGACAGUGAUAUCCUGGCCCUGGAGAGAAGGCUGCUCCAGACCAUGGACAUGAUUGUCAGUAAAAAGAAACGAAUUGCAAUGACAAGAAGGCAGAUAUACCAGCGUGGAGAGGAGCAGAAUAAACAGACGGGAUUCUGGGGGAUGAUCAAGAGUGUGACCUCCUCACCAUCAGGCAGUGAAAUAGACCUGUGUCUGAUCCAGCAGGAAGUAGAUGCUCUUGAGGAACUCAGUAGACAGCUCUUUCUGGAGACAGUGGACCUACAGGCUACCAAGGAACGGAUAGAAUAUUCAAAAACGUUUCAAGGAAAAUACUUCAACUUUUUAGGUUACUUCUUCUCCAUCUACUGUGUAUGGAAAACAUUCAUGGCCACCAUAAACAUCGUGUUUGACCGUGUGGGAAAGACUGAUCCAGUGACGAGAGGAAUUGAGAUCACAGUCAACUAUCUGGGAAUUCAAUUUGACGUAAAGUUCUGGUCGCAGCACAUUUCCUUUAUCCUGGUGGGAAUCAUCAUAGUCACGUCCAUACGAGGCCUUUUAAUCACACUUACCAAGUUUUUCUAUGCCAUCUCCAGCAGCAAGUCCUCCAAUGUCAUUGUACUCGUCUUGGCACAGAUCAUGGGAAUGUAUUUCGUCUCGUCUGUGCUCCUCAUGCGUAUGAGCAUGCCUCUGGAGUACCGCACCAUAGUGACUGAGGUACUGGGGGAACUCCAGUUUAACUUCUACCACCGAUGGUUCGAUGUGAUCUUCCUGGUCAGUGCCCUGUCCAGCAUCCUCUUCCUAUACCUGGCUCAUAAACAGGCACCUGAGAAACACAUGAACCUGUGACCUCACAAGUCAACGGGGACAGAACAGAAUGAAGUGUCUUUCUUUCGUCUGAAUCCUUUAAAAGGACUGUAUAUCCUGAAUCAGGAGGGGUCUAGAGACUGUUUAUGUGGGUCUUUGUUCAAAUCAGUGAUGUCAAUUUUUUUUUGGAUCAGCCUAUGUUAAUGAAGGGGACGAUACUGUGGGUGUAAUUUUUUAUGGUGGGUGUCAAGGUAUUUUUUUAUGGAAUGAGUAAAACAUCCUGAAUCGGGUCUGUGUUGUCUGAAUGAGAGUGUCUGUAUUGGCCUUGUAUGCUGACGUACAAUUCUGUCGACCAGCAGUACAACUUUACAAUGAUAUAAAAAAAAACAAAGAAAAUAUUCUCACUUUCCCUGCUAUGACAUCACAAUGAGCUUAUCUUUUAUCAUUUACAGUAUUUAAAUCAUUGUUAUGUCUGCUACAACUGCAUUUUUAUCAGCUGACCUGUUGGACUCGUUUUUCUCUUUGGUGGGUUAAUUGUUAAUUUCCUUCCAUACAUUGUGCACUUUUGCUAAAGAACCGUAAUGAUUCACAUGUUAA